ACAACAUUGCGUUGCCUUUCACCUCAUUGCAUUGAAUUGCAUUUGCAGCUAAUGCCGUCAGCCGAAGUAGUGCCUCUAAGCAGGGUCGCGACGGGUUGACUCAAGGUUACAUCGAGCACCAAGGUGACAGCUUGAUGGUGCUAUCAGGUUCGUCCUUUCUGCUCCUGCUUGUCCUCUGAUCCUUCUGCCUACUCCUCGUCCUCCUCUCACGCCCCUCCCUUGCUGGCCGCAGGAUGAAGAGGGGGGAUGAGGAGGGAACAGGAGGAGGGGUCUUACUAAGUUGUUGGCGGCAGCCUCAGUCCCGAGCUUGACAGCGAUGCGCAUGCUCCGCAUCUUCCGUCUUAUCCGGAUAUUCCGAGCCGUCAGGGUGGUCCGUUCCAUCCAGAAUUUCCGGAUCAUGAUCCUCGCCAUAAUCCAGUCUUUCGGCACGCUGAUGUGGGUCUUCGUAGUAAUUGUGUCGUUCCAGUUUGUAUUCGCAGUCCUCUUCAUGCACGGAGCGGCGGACUACUUACGAGAGGAAGGCCUAUUUAGUGCUGAUGCACGGGCGAUCAAGGACCUCUUCGGAGACAUCUUCACCGCCUUGCUGACUCUCUUUGAGUCCAUCACUGGUGGUCGGGACUGGCACGAGGUAUUGGUCGCACUGCUGGACAUGCACUGGACCUAUGGCUCGUUGUUCCUCGUCUACAUCUUCUUCAUGACGUUCCUCGUACUGAAUGUAGUUGUAGGGGGUGUUGUCAAAAUCCAUAGCUGUACAAGCGGGACAAGUCUUUGA